AUGGAUAAAAACACCAUGGUGGGAAAGAAAGGUCAGUUGGUCACAGGCCCCGGCAGGGCACCCCCACCCGGGGGGCCCGGGGGGUGCGGGCGUGUGAGCCACGCCAUGAGGAACUUCAACCUGGAGAAUCGCACGGAGCGGGAGAUCAGCAGGACCAAGCCCUCCACGGCUCCCAAGCACACGUCCACGCACGACCUCCUGCGCGAGCAACUGAGUCAGCACCCAGAAAUCAAGAAGUUUUUUAGGAAAGAUAAGCUGUUGUCAUUGCUAAAAGACGUAUAUGUGGAGUCCAAAGAUCCGGUGUCUUCCCUGCCGGUAAAAGAUGUUGAAAUAUGGCAAGAACCAAAGGAAUUUAGACUGCCGAUAGGACAUCAUGUGGAUAAGAAUGUCGUGAACAUUCCCAAAGGCAAAAUUUCUGUUGUAGAAGCAUUGACACUUCUCAAUAAUCAUAAACUUUUUCCAAAAAUGUGGACUGCUGAGAAAAUUGCCCAAGAGUACCAUUUAGAA